UAGAGGCGCCAUGGCGCCAUGCCAUGGCGCUUGUGAAAGCGAACGACUUGGCAACUUCAUUUGUUAUCACAGUGAGCCAGUCAGCGUGGCGGCAGGCGGAGCGCAUGCGCACGGCCACUCUGGAGCAACCCGACGGAUCCUAUACCAACAAACAAAGUAGUUAUCUGUUAUCACCGUCGUAAAACUGUCGGCGAUCGGGUUUCUGCGACUGUGUUCAUUCCUUUUAUUACCCCUGAUCCCGAGUGUUUAUUUUAUUAAUUAAGUGUGAUAUUUAUGAACUGCUGGUCCUAUCGAUCACCGGUGAAACAUUACUUUGCAAGUCCUCUUAUCUAAUUGAAAGAGGCACCCUUUACCCUCUCGUGUCUCAAUAGAAUGUUCAAAUGUUUUCCGAAGUAGAUACCUCCGAUGCUUUCAAAAGUGGUGAUAUGGAUGCAUGCUUCUCUGCAUUCGAUAAAGACGGUGAUGGCUGUUUGGAUCCGGUAGAAUUCACUUCUGUGUGCCGUGCGUUAUUUCGCAAUGACAGAGGACAAAUCUACAGUUUGACGAAGGAUCAAUUGGAUGAAGUAUUCGCAAUUUUUGAUCAAAACAAUGAUGGUUUCAUCGAUAAAGAUGAGUUCACCUUUUGUUGGAAUAAUUGGAUCAAAAUAAUUGUUCAUCCUACCAAUGCUUUUUUGAUCGUUGAUGUACAGAAUGACUUUAUUUCCGGAACGCUAGAUAUCAGCCACUGUGCAGCGCAACAGAAUGGAAGUGAGGUAAUAGAUCCUAUCAAUAAACUAUUAGACACAGUUCCUUUUGAUGCUGUUUUCUAUUCCCUGGACUGGCAUCCCAGUGAUCAUGUAUCUUUUAUUGACAACUUACCUCAGCGUAAAGUUCAUCCAUCCAGUGGCAUUAGCGCAGCAGAUGCCAAAGUGUACGACACUGUCGUAUUUGAAGGUCCACCAUUAAUGAAACAGAGGUUAUGGCCACGACAUUGCGUGCAGGACUCAUGGGGUGCAGAACUUCACAAAGAUCUAAAAGUAGUUGAUAAUGCAGUCAAAAUUUACAAAGGCACUAAUCCAGAGGUGGAUUCGUAUUCGGUUUUCUGGGACAAUAAGAAAAUGACUGAAACAACACUUCAGUCGCAGUUGAAGAAAGUGAAAGCAACAGAUUUGUAUGUCUGUGGUUUAGCUUACGAUGUGUGUGUCGGAGCAUCUGCUUUUGAUGCUCAGUCAAUUGGUUACCGCACUGUUUUAAUUGAUGACUGCUGCAGAGGGGUAGACGUGAAUGAUAUAGAGGCAACUCGUAAAUCAGUCAUAGAUAACCAUGGAGUAAUUGUCAAUUCAAGCCAAGUCAAAGCCAUGGUUGAAGGGAGAGACCGAAGGCCUGAGCUAGGCUACAAGCUUGCACUAGGAUUGAAAAAGAAAGGAAAAUUGAUCAAUGGCAAUAACUAAGGUCAGCGAAAUGCUCCUUAGAUGAUUGGAAGGAUCUAUAUUUAGUUAUCAUUGUAUUCAUGUAGCUGGUAUUUCUAUUGUGAUUAUUCUUUUACCACCUAAAAUUAGUACUUUGUUACUUUCCAACUAAGUUUUUUAAACUACUUUAAAGCCUUGUCGCCACGGACUGUUUCACAGGAUUUGUCCCAGGAAAAAUCCCACGUCCAAAGUCAGGAAAAAUAUUGAUUAAACUCAGGAAAAACUUAGGAAAAAUAUUGAUUAAACUCAAUAUUUUUCCUAGUAAUGAGUCUGGUCCUUGUACCCCUAAGCCUAAGACCAACUGAGGGAGGAAGAAGAAGUGAAAACGAAUUAUGGGAUAUUUUGUUGCUCACUCGAUCGUUUGUGUUUGUUUAAUUAAAAUAAUUUGUGUCUAAUUCUUGAUCAUGAUCAAUUAUUAUCUUUUUUCUGGUUAAAUACUCAAUUUUUACUAAUUUAUCUUCCCACGUCAACUUGUAGCAGAAAUGUCAGAGCCCCGUCCCAUGGAGACAGCAACUAGGGAAAAUUCCAUGAAAAUGUCUCGUAGAGACGGUAACUAGGAAAAAUUCCAUGAAAACGUCUCGUAGAGACGGCAACUAGAGAAAAUUCCAUGAAAACAUCUCGUGAAGACAAGGCCUAAGUAUUUGCUGCAUUGUUAAAGUCAGAAGAAGACUUAAGUACUGUGCUCACCUGGCAAGUGACUCAGCGAGAGGGUUGAGAAAAUUUUUCCACAAGCACUCUGGCAUUAAUUUGCAAGGCAGGUAAUGUUUGUCAUUGAAAUAAUGAAGUGAUAGCAGUUUUUAGUCUAGACUGAGUUCUUGGUGUAAAUAUUUAAGGAUAUUAAAGUGAAGAGCCAAUUGUGCCCAAAGAAUUUGUCAGGCAAAAAUGAACGCAAAAAAUAUUCCAUGGCAAAUUAUUCCGCUGUAUUUCCAAACUUAGCAACUCAACUGUCAGCAAGAACUUUUGCUCCUUUGACUCAUAAUUUUCUGUCGGUUUGAGUAGAGAGGUUCUGUAAGCUGACUUUAACAAUGGACGUCAAACUGACAUCUCUUAUGAAGGCUUUUAGUUUCCAAGAAACGAAGCCUCAUCUCCGUUCCUAUUUACAUGAUACCCACUUACUUAAAAUUAGGAAAAUUUAUGAAAUCGUUCCCAUAAAUCAAUUGUAUUUUCAUUUUACUCAGUAUAAUGUUUGCUGUGCAGCUUAAGUAUUACAAUGCUAAUUCAUGUUGAAAGGACACUGGUGAACAUGAUCUCAUGACCGCGCAGUACAUGAUAUUGCGAUUUUUGUUUUUGUUAUCUCUUCAGAGAGUGUUUUGUUGAGAAUGUCUGUUGGUUCAGGCUCAUUUGUGAGUGAAGCAGCUAAGAAAAUUUUCGAUUGAUGAGCUUUUUUUCCAGUUGCAUAAUGAAGCCAAGAAUCGUUUUUUUCUAUUCAGGUAGCACGGAAAGAGACAAAAAAAAGCACUUUUAUGUGUUAUAAUCUCUUACCUAUCCUAUGUUUUGUAUUUUACAUACUAGAAAGUCGCCAUCCUUUCAGCAUUAAGUCUCAGGUAGUGGAGCAAUGUUAGGAA